GGUAUACGUCAUCCUCCUCGUCUUCAUCAGCAUGAGGGGCGACAUCAGAUGUAGCUGCGUGUCAGGUCGUCGAUAACUCAAAUCACCCUGAGUGUCAAACUUCAACCUGAACCUUCAUCAUUGGAACCAUGACAUCAUCCCUGAGAGAGAAGCUGCAGGGACUCCCCCUAGCUUCCCUCCUGUGCUCCUGCAUCAUUCAAAAAGCGCCCGAUACCAGCGCUGAGAAGGAAGGCACGGUGGACCUGAAGCUGGGCGCCAUUCAUCACCUGGAGCCCGGCGAACACGCAAGCGGCCGGGCCUUCCGUGUGGUCCUGGAGCCGCCCGGUUUCGGCGGAGGGCCCGGUCAAGGCACACAGGAUGCCUGCCGACAGAUUGUGUGUCGGGAGGCGGAGCUUUUGGAACCAGGGAGGGAAGACCGGCGCUGCGUGGUCAACGACCGGCUCAACAGUGACGUCCGAAACAUGACAGAGGUUUCUUGACGGACGACCUGAUUGUGAGAGCGGCCCACCUUCGUCUGGAGCCACUCUGGGAGAGUUUUUAAAGGAGAGGCCCACAUGAUCAGGCUUCAUUUGGGCGGGACGGAGAGGACGUCACCAGCGCCUGUAAAUAAAGAUGCGACAAGGGACACCUGUGAUGUCACGUGCCACGUCAUGUUGAAUAAUGCCUCUCCUUGGACCUGUUUCAUGCCUGUAGAGGUCCUCAGAUUGACUUUUCAGUCACAGUGGCGCACUUUUUCCAACUCUGGGAGACUUCUGAUCAUUUGGUUUUCGUGCCAUCACGAGUAAGACAUUUCAGUUUGCUCGUACAGCAAUUGUGUCUUCCUAGUUACCUUUUUUUCCCCCACUAUUACAUUUCAGCUGUUGGCAAAGUUACGACUUUGGAAAAUUCAACUGCUUACUUUAGUGAUCAUUUCAAUGGCAAGAAUGGACACUUAUGUCAAUGCUUGAUUGUUUUUCUUUGAGGUAAAAAAAAAAAAAAAAGAGGCCAGUGAUCUGCUUAAGAGACUUUGGACUUGAAUUUCUAGGCUGCAUACAGACAUUUGGCUUUUAUGAUUCUACCAAAUGCAAGAAUAGACUAUUCCUUCACCAGCUGUAAUCUUGUUAUUCUUUAGUUAUCAACAUGCUUUGUGUUUUUUGUUGGUAUUAGACAUGUGCCGAUUACCGGUUUCAAGGUAUACCAUUGUAUGAAAACGUCAAGGUUUCAAAACUGCCAAAACUUUCCGUCAUACCGUCCCUAUGGUAUUAGCUAUUUUUUAUGUCCCAAAAACGCAUGCAGAAAUGCCUUGCUUGCAGCUGUAAGGCUCAACCCUCUCCCAUUGGUUGUUGCUCAGUGUCAGUAAAUCAGCUGUGCUACACGAUCGCUGGAGGAGGUGAAACUCCUGAACUCUUUCCCCCAUCGAGGAAAACGAAGUCGCUGGUAUGGGAAUACCUAAGCUACAGAAAAGUUACAGAUGGCAGCGGAUUAGAGGACUGCAGAGGAGGCAAUACCUCCAAUAUGAUUUUGCAUUUAUAAAAAAUUAAAGGUUAGUAAACAUUGUCAUGAAUGGUUCCCACAAGCUACAAAGAUUAAAUCUAACAUGUUUAGUGUGUUUAGCGGUGGUAAAACGUUUUUUUUUCUCUCUGGCAACUGUCUGUGUUGAGAAAUAGAGUGUGUUUAUAAUGUAAACAUGAUACAUGUAAUUCACACGUGCUUAUUAUGGAAAAAUAUUAAAUUAUUUUUGUUAUGAUGGUAAUAAUGUUGAGCUGUGGCUGUGGGUUAAGGCUCAUCUAAAGGACUGCAUUUAUUUUAAUUUAUAUUUUGUUAUUAAUUAAUUAUUUUAAUUUAACAUUAUAGUUAUGUUCCAAUUUGCUGAUAUGUUUUGAACAAUAAAACUCCUG